AGAUACGAGUCCGGUGCACUAGCCGUCAUUUGGCCUCUGGGUCGGGUCACUCUGAGCCUCCAGGGUCCGAUUUUUACAAACGUGACUAUGGUCUCGGCUGUGCUCGGGGAUGUGUCCUACCCUGAGACGUCCAUCACUCUGGAAGACCUCCAUCUGGCUAACAACAAGACAGUUCAGUGCUUCAGAGAGGCAGCCAGCAAAAGAAUCAUGUCUAUCUUUUUUAGGAAUAUUUCUCUGUCUGAUGAGGCCACAGUCAACUUCAUGGUGGUCAUGAAUGGAGUGCCGAUCACCUCCAUUUCCUUUGACGGCAUCACCCUGACCGGCGAGGGCAGGUGGGAGCGAGCCAGCUGGACUGAUCACAAGUGCAUUGACGAGGUCUUCAUCCGCAACGCUGUAGUGCUGGACGUCUUCAAGUUUGUCUCAUUUCUGGAGCUGAAGUUCCUGCUGCAUUAUCCCAGGAAGGUGUCAGUCAUAAACUGCAAGUUGUUUUUGAUGCCCUGUCCCACGUCCCAACUCCUGGUGAACCUCCACUACCUGGACCUGUCCGAUAACCUGCUGACUGACUUCACAUUGGUGGAGUCGUUGUGUGACACAAAACCAACUCUGAAGGAACUCAGAGUUUUAAACAUGAGCAGGAAUGCUUUGAAGUCUUUGUCCACAGUGAGCCGCCUGGUAGCCAAGCUCUCCAAACUGACCCACCUGGAUAUCAGUAGGACCAGUUACAACUCCAUGCCCCAAAGCUGCCCCUGGCCCUCUACCCUGCAAUACCUGAACAUCUCUGGGGUUAAGCUUACCACCACCACUUCCUAUUUACCCAUAACACUUGAGAUUUUGGAUCUUAGUAACAAUGACCUCAAGGACUUCACUCAGAUUCUCCCGAUGCUGAGAGAGCUCCACCUCUCUGGGAACAAGUUGCUGACUUUGCCAGAUGGCAGCUUCUUUCACAGUCUACAAACACUGACUAUACAGUCAAACACCCUGAACAUGUUCAGCUCUGCGGACCUCCAGUCAUACAGACAACUUGAGAACCUCCAGGCGGGUGAGAAUAAGUUUGUCUAUUCCUGUGAGUUCGUCACCUUCUUCCAGUCACAAUUUGAAAUAAGUGGAGGUGUGCAGUUAACAGAUGGAGAGGACAGCUACGUUUGCGAUUCCCCACUCUGCCUGCAGGGAAAACCCGUGGAUCAAGUCCACCUUUCUGUUGUGGUGUGCCAGAGGAUCUUGUUUGUGUCUGUGAGCUGUGGGUUGGCGCUGGUCGUAGGAGUUCUAGUGAGUGUCUUGCUGUGGCGCUUCCACACUUUUUGGUACUUAAAGAUGACUUGGGUAUGGCUCAAGGCCAAGAGGAACUCCCGGCGACGUCACAGAGAUAGGGAAGGUUCAGAAGCUUUGUUGUCCUUCGAUGCCUUUGUCUCCUACAGUGAAAGAGAUGCAAGCUGGGUGGAAAACUUCCUGGUACCUGAGCUGGAGGAACCAAGUGAGACUGACAGUAGAAGAGGCCCCCGACCUUUAAACCUGUGCCUCCACAAGAGUGCAGUGUUCAGUCCUACGGUUACUCUGAGUCAGAUAAAAGAUAAAAAUUAA